ACCUGUGUUACUGAGUGGACGAGACAGCAUUACCGUUACAAUGGUACAAGAGGAAGCAUAAACCACACCUGGCACGUGAGAGACAGGGGGGAGCAAUUAAGCUCUCCGUUAAGGCAAGAACAGACACCUUGGAUGUAAAUGGCAGGAACAGUGACCGGGAAAAACAAAAAUGUAGCUGUGAGGCAGGAGGGAAAGAAACUGCUGAACAUUCAUUAAUUGUGGAAUCUAGCAACUACGAGAAGAGGAGGGGAAUGUUAAAAGAUAGUCAGAAGCGGACGACGGGGCAAUGCCUUAACACAGUGCCGGGAGGAAUGGCCACAACAUGAACCAUGAACCAAGGAAAAGGAUGGAAAAUUAGUGAUUCGAGCAGGGAAAUAAGUGAAUAUGUGUAAAUUUGAGUGUUACAGUCCUUUACGGCGAGAAAAAGACAAGUGAGGACUGUGAGGUGACGCAAUUGAAAAGCAAAUUGUGUGUUGAAGCAGAAAAGAGGAUGAAGAGGAGGGAAACGUAGGAGCAGUACAGGUCAGAGGAAGAAGAGUGGAAGGAGAGCAGUGGUGAGUGCAAGACAGUGUUGUGAGGUGCUGGUGGGCCACAAGCACCUCCCCUUGAUCCAGUUGACCUGAAAGUGGAAGAGAUACUUAGGGAGAAGAAUGAAACUGUUGACGGCGUUGUUACUUUGGAUAUAACCGAUAUCUCGUUGAUCAAGAUGGAAGGAAACUGGUGUAACUUUGGUCAAAGGGAUUCAGGUCAACGUUACAACAGGCCAAGUUAUCCUCGUAAUCAAAGGUACAAUGACAGCUUCUCAAGCCACAGGUCAAGUGAAGAUCACUUUACCAACAGGAACAGAUCAGGAGGUCAAGACUGGGAUUGUUCAGCAUGCAGAUUUAACAACUUCUCAAAUAGGACUGUCUGCUUCAAAUGCAAACUAGCCAAAGAUGAAACCAGCAGCUUCAGUACCGAGACAGUUUCUUCUUGGGGGGGCCAGGAUGCUUCAGACUCCCCAGAGGAGGGAUUGAUUGAUUGGGACAAUUUUAAGGAGAAAAAUGAGAAAUAUGAAGCUGAAAGACUCUCCAGCCUUCCUCCCCUUGAGAAAAAUGUUUAUAUUGAACAUCCUGAAGUCAAAGCUAUGAGUACUCAACAAGUGGAGAGCUUCAGGAAGGAGAAUUUUGAUAUGACGGUUUCUGCUAGUCAUGGCUGUGAAGAGCCUAUUCCAAACCCUGUGCAGACCUUCAGGCAAGCCUUUGACCCUUAUCCGGAUAUUUUGAAGGAGAUUGAACGUCAAGGUUUUCAGACUCCAUCACCAAUACAGUGCCAGUCAUGGCCCAUCCUCAUGCAGGGACUUGACAUGAUUGGAAUAGCUCAGACUGGAACAGGCAAGACCUUGGCCUUCAUCCUGCCAGCACUUCUUCAUAUUGUUGCCCAGCCAACUCCUCGCAAGCAGCGUGUGGGACCCACCUGUCUUGUUCUCGCCCCCACCAGAGAGCUAGCACAGCAAAUUGAGAAGGAAGUGUCAAAAUACAAUUAUGAUGGUAUAAAAUGUGUGUGUGUGUAUGGCCAGGGGGACCAGAGGACCCAAAUACAGAAGAUUAGAGCCAAAGCAGAGAUUGUAGUGGCCACUCCUGGAAGGCUGAAUGAUUUUACUUCCAGAGGCAUUCUCAAUCUGAGUGUAGUGUCAUACCUGGUGCUGGAUGAGGCUGACCGCAUGCUGGACAUGGGAUUUGAGCCACAGAUACGCAAGGCAGUGAUGCUGACUCGCCCUGACCGUCAAAGUGUUAUGACCAGUGCUACAUGGCCAGAAGGAGUUCGGGAUUUGGCAAGCAAGUUGAUGAAAAACCCAUUCACUGUGGUGGUUGGGAGUCUGGACCUCAAGGCUGUCCACACUGUGACACAGAAGGUAGUGAUGUGUGAAGAGGAUAAUAAGAAAGAUGAGCUUAUAAGAUUCAUCACCAGUUUGCGACAGAAAGAGAAGGCAAUUGUAUUUGUUGGAAGGAAGUGUGUGGUGGAUCUUCUGUCUGUGGAAAUGCUGGAAGAAGGUUUGCAUGUGUGUAUAAUGCAUGGUGAUAUCAACCAAGAGGACAGAGAACAGUCUCUACAGGACCUGAAGUCCGGCAGAUCAAAAGUUCUCAUUGCCACAGAUGUUGCCUCACGGGGUAUUGAUGUCAACGAUGUGACACACAUUUUGAACUAUGACUGUCCGCGAGACAUGGAGGAGUAUGUGCACCGUGUUGGCCGCACUGGACGGGCUGGUCGUUCAGGCGUGGCCAUCACACUCAUCACACGCAGUGACUGGAGCAGAGCAGAGAAGCUAAUAGAUAUUCUCCAGAAGUCAAAUCAGGAGGUACCCAGGUGGCUGGUGCGCAUGAUGGAACGCUUCAGGGAGCAGCAGGCCAAGAGGAGGCUUAAUCCCAGGCCACUCUACCACUAGAAACUAAGUCACAUGGUAUUUACAAAUAUAAUGAAACACUCAGGAUAGGUAUAAAUGCAAGGCACAAGAUUUACUGUAUUAUUUUCAUAAGCAAAGAUAUUUUUGUGGAAAUCAGUUGUGAUAUAUUUGAGUAACUGCAGUAAUGCAAUGAAAAAUCCAAUAAUGUAACACUCAGGAGGCAUGAGUUUGAUCCCCAGCACUCUGUGGUGGUACAUUAUGGUCAUGAAAUUUUGUACACACUGUGCUGAUGGAAAAAUCUGAUGUUUGAGAUUUAAUAAUUUUGUUUCAUGUACAACUACAAAAUGACCUCAUAAGUACACAUUCUAAAAUUAACAUGUAAUGAAGUAUAAGAUGGCCAUAUCUUGGAGGGUAUUGAGUUCUCUAGAAAAUAUCUUGCAAGAGUAAUCAAGUUCAAAUGUUGAGCAUCAUCUCUUUCAUUGAAAGUACAAAUAACACCACUUGAAUGCAAUACUGCAGGGAAGUGUUACAUAACCUGUAUGUACAUCAUAUGUUACAAUAAUGAGGACUUCCUGUAAGCCUUCUAUUUAGUUGGAUAAGUAAUAAUGUUUGAUUUGUAAAAUGUGCUAAAUAAAACCUAAACAUAU